CGAGCAGAUUGAGUUAGGUUUUUUUGGCGGAUAAACUUAUGGGUUUGAAUUUGGUUUGACAAAACUCGCCUCAACCCGAUACAUUACCGUUCCGGGAUGAAGCAGUAGGCAGAAGGGAGGAACAUGAACGUGAGAGAAGAGACAGCAUUUGUCCUCGUAAGCUGCAAAGAAUUCAAGGAGAAGAAAAGGGAUUAAAAUAGACAAGUCCCAUCUCUCACAGGUCUCAUGGCUACUUGUCUCCCUACCAAUCCGAUAAGAUCGAUCGACUUAUAUCGUACCAUUGAAUUCAGUUCCCUUCCUUCUUUCUGCCAAGUAAAGCCCGAAAAAACGCUUAAAAUAUAGCACUCGGGAAACAUCAACACUAGAGAGGGAGAGAGAACCCAUUUGCUCAUUUCCCCCGAGAAAUCGAGUGUACCUGUUUCUUUCUAGUCCGCCGGAAAGGGACAGCCAUAGAAGAAACUGGAGGUGGAGGGCUUGUUUGUUGUUGUUUGCUUUGUUGGUGGAGGAGAUUUUCCCGUUUUUCCCCCCGACAACCCAGGUCGCAUUCAGCUGGAAUCGUUGAUCCUCGGCCACCAAUUUGUCGCAUGGUAAUCAAAAGCUCUAAUCUUGGGGGAGGAUCCAAGUCAAAUCAUUAAUCGCACACCAUCUGUUCGAGGAUAUGCCUCAACCGGGGAAAAGAUUUUUCUGUUGGUGAAAAAAAAAAAUUCCUUCCUUUUUCGUGGCUCUGGUAUCAUUCUAGAAUUUGCAGAGAGACAGGGACGGAGGAAGAGAGAGGGAGAGGGAGAGGAGGGGAGGGUCUUUUUGGCGGUUUGUGUGACGUGGUUUCCAUUUGCUGUGAGAUUUAGCCGGCAGUUUUUUCUCCUUUUUCUUUUCCUUCUCUGCUUACUGAAACGCUCCUUUUGAUUUCUUUCCCCUCUAUAUACUUUUCCUUCUUCUUUCUGUUUCCUUUUGUUGUUUUUCUCCGUUUUCUUGCCUUCUGCCCACCAUCUGCUUGAACAAAUUCCUCAAUGAAUAGCUUCGUUUAUUGGAAGUGGAAAAGUGAAGACGCGGAAGAGAAGUGAAUUGGGUGUUUGGCUGCGAAAGCCCCGUUUCCAUCGAUUGGAUAAGGGUUCGAUACAAUCAACGUGAUCGUCUGAUCCGCAUCUCUGUAAGUUUUGUGCUUUCGUUCCCUUUCUGUUUCUUCUUGCUGUUCUUAGACAGAAAUCUCUCAUCUCCUUUGUUGUUGUGGUGGGUGGAUUGCUUGAUUUUUGCAUCUUUGAUUUUACUUAUCAGUUUUGUCAUAGAAAGUUUAUAGUGGAGAAAAUAUCAAGAGACUGUUGUCUUGAGUCAGAGGUCAGGAGACACUUGGAUCGCUUCUAGGGCUGAUGAUGAAUUUUUUAACCUUAUCUCAGUUUCAUGAAAUUUUUUUAUAAGCAGUUUCCUGAAUUUUGGGCAACUGGGUUGACUAUUAUGUUUUGCCCUUUAUCUUCUCUGAUCUUCCUUUACGAUCUACUUCCUUCUUUCGAACUUUGUUUUCUAGCUUCAAUACUGCAUGGGUUUAAGACUUAAUUUCCUGUUGAUGUUUCUAAUUCUCCAGCUUCUUUUCUUAUGGUUCCCAGAUGAAACAAGUCCCAUCAAACUUGGGAGUGUCUCACUGAACUUCAGGCUUAAAAGAAUCAAACAAUGGAUGGUCCUUACGAUACGUCUGAUCUCGAUGAAAGACGAGCCAACUCCAGUCUCCAGAUAAUCAAGUACUCACCAUUCCAGCCCUCCAGAUAUUCAUCACCAUGGCUGGAACUCAGAGUCUUCUACGUCAGAAUCAGCAACUUCCAUGUCGACGACACCACCCCAGAGUUCCUCACAAUCAACCACAUCCCCCUAAGCCCAGAUACCCUCCUUGAAGUUAAUGGCGUUAGAAGCAGUAUCUACUCUGAUGGUGCCCCAUUGCUGCUUCGAAGGGAUCGAGUCGACAAGAAAUCCGAGGAAGUGACGUUUGUUAGCACGGAUAGCAUUAGAACUACAGGGAGUGUGAAAUUCGACGUGUUUGAUAAGGAUGAUCUCGUCCUUUCCGGUACUAUGGAGAUGUCCAACAGCAAUGGCUUCACCGGAGAAUGUAAAGGCAGUGUGAAACGUUGGAGCAUGAAGUGUGAGUCAGAGGGUACUACUAGCUUCUUGAGAGGGAAACAUGUUAAUGGUUCUUCUGAUACAUCACUACCAGCCAUUGAAGUCUAUGUGACCGGAUGCUUCUCUGGGACGCCGAUCAUCUUGACCAAGACUCUGCAGCUUAGUUUCAGGAAGAAGCAUAACAGGAAGGGGAAAUUGGAUUCGAUUCCUGAGGAUGAAGCCACCGAUCCGCAGAAAGUUGAGUCGGCUCACGAUGAUGAAUUACUGUUGGCAGAGUACAGAAGCUACAAGCUGGAGAACGGCGAAGAAGAUUACAGCAACAUGUACUGGAGAAGAACAGAGUUCGUGGAUGGUGAAGACGGUGAGCUCUCCUGGUUCAAUGCAGGCGUUAGGGUUGGUGUUGGUAUCGGGCUAGGCAUCUGUGUUGGGGUUGGCAUUGGGGUCGGUCUGAUGGUACGAACCUACCAAACAACUACCCGAAACUUCAAAAGGCGACUCCUGUGAUUGAACUGUUAUCCCAAAUUGUUAGCUAGCUAAUGUUUCCAAUGAUUUGCAAAUAUGGUUUGAGUUUUCUUCUGACUGCAAGAUUUUGACUAAGAGAGAGUUAGUAGGGCACUGUUUAUUUAGCAGCUGACAGAGAAAUAGACAUGAUGACAGUCA